AUGAGUGGAUAUCAGUCUACUCAAGCUGCCCAAACUAUUGUAACUACUGUGACAGCACCGAAUGAAGAAAGUAAAACAAUAAAAUUGAUACUAGAAACAACUAAACAAGCAGUAAUGCAAAGUAAUUUAAUUAUAGAAAAAAAAGAAUCAUUUGAAACUACAGAUACUCAGCUAGUUAAUGACGUUAACAGUUUGAUUAUAGAAAAACAAGAAUCAUUAGAAGCUAUGCUUACUCAGCUAAUUAACAAUGUCAAAACUUUACAAUCUUUAUAUAAAGAUUUCAGAUCUAAUAUAAAAGACCAAGAUCAAAAAUAA